AUGCGGGAAAACUAUUCUGACUUCGACUUUCUUAAGUACCCUCUUGCGUGGAUUCUCCAAAUCAAUCCCACGUCUACAAGCUAUUAUGAGGCAGGUGACUCCUCUAACUAUACGAAAAUUUUCCAAAUUCUAAUGUUAUUGACACAUGGAAAAGAGAAUGUUCUGGCACGCUGGUCAAGAGAGAACUACGGUAUGUAUUUCUGCAUCCGCAAACCUUUUAAAUGCAAAUUAUGAGAAGAUGAUAUGACAGAAUGGACAAACCAGUGAAUAUAAUAACAUUUGAAAAAUAUCUAAAAAAGGACAAUGAAAAUUUGAAUUACAAUGUUGCAAGCUGACAUGCUGGAGCAGUGUGGGGUCAACUCUGGUGGAGACGCUUGAAAGGCUUCAACAAGAGAAGAAUCAGUCAAGGACCCGGUUUCCCAACUUGCCUGGGCUAACCUACGUAGUAGGAUGCAAAUAACAUCUGUGCACAAUCAUUUUCAAGUGUUUGAAGGCACUUGUACCUACAGAACGUUCCUAAAUUGCACAGCGAUUAGGUCAUAAAUAUAAAACAAGGAGCAAUGAACUUAAUGUUGUACUUACAGCUGCUAGAACUGAGUUUAGGAAAAAUAUCAGUUAUGUACCGGGGAGCAAGGACCUAUAGUGAGCUCCCAGGCUCAGCAAAACAGUGCAAAUCUUUGCCAAAAUUUAAGAAUAUGCUGAGGACUGUUAUUCUCUAAUUUUGCUGUAUAGUACAUUUUUCAAGUACCUGCCAUUUCAUGUUUGGUUAUAUUCUCAUGUAUUCAUGUAUUUAAUUUUAAUUUAUCAGGAGCCCCAUUGAUAUCAGCCCUGCUGAAGGGGCAAAUCCUGUAUAAAUAUAGGUAAAUAAAUAAGAGCAAAGCUUUCAUCAACAAAAAAGGUCGUCUUAACUCAUCAGUUUAAUUUUAAAGAAGAUAAAUCCGCCGUAGUGAAAAUAUUCAAAGCAACGGUCUGUGUUUUAGUAUCAGCAAACGAAAAUGCUCGAUGACAAGUAUGGUCAGUAUUUUUUGGAUCUUUUUGAUUGUCUGUUUUGUUUUUUUUGUUUUCUCCUUUUUCACGGCCCAAGUUCUCCACUUAACCCCGACAACAAACUCGUACAGAGCCCGCUGCUAUAGACAUUUUAGAAAGAUAAAGCGUUUAACAGAGAGCUUUCGAUAAGAUUUGCAUCUUGAUAUGGCACAAUAUAUUAUGGUGCUGUUAGGGACCUCUAACAGCAUUCAAAAUGGCCUCAGUCUUAGCCACCAUCUUCGGUCUUACUGAAAAUGAAGAGUUACAAGUGCUCCCUCAAGUCAAAACUACUGACCAAGCCAAAAGAUAAAUGAAAUAUUUGUCUAGCACUUAGUGAAAAUUAUAGAAAGGCAAAAAAGAGCUAAAUUGCGCUAAUUCUUAAAUACCGAAUAACAACAACCUUUCUCGUUCAGCUUACAGAUUGUUUAUGCAACAGGAAGGGCCUGCCAGAUUGUUUAAAACGAAUAUCACAAUUCCCUCUCUACACGUUAGACACGUCUUUUAGGCCAGAAAAAGAAAAAGAAGUUGGAUGGAACAGUUCAACUAAUGAGAUCUCUCAUUGUUUCUGGUAUGGAAUCAUCUGUCAUGACAACUCGUCAUACAUAAAAAGUAUCGUGUUGCCUUAUAACUUGAAUGACUUUCUUCCUUCUAACAUUUGGAAAAUACGAAACUUAUUUUCCCUUUGCACGCUAGAAAAUCCGAGACUGCGAGGGCGUAUAGGCGACUUUCUGUUUGAUAACAUGAGCAAAUUGCUCAUCAUUUCAUUUAAAACCACCUCCAUCAGUGGAGAUAUACCAAAAGACAUCGUAAAGCUGACUAGUCUGCAGUUCAUCUUGGGAUGUCCUAUGAAUGGCGAGGGCUUCUCUAGUCGCUUACCAGAAAACAUAGGAAAUAUGACAGAGCUUCGAGGUCUCUGUCUUGGGGGAACCAACUUGACAGGAGAAAUACCAAGAAGCAUAUCUCGACUUUACGAUCUCGACAUUCGAAACACCCCUGGCGUGAUGCAUGGAGACCUCAACGCAAUAUUUGGUAUUCCUUUUUUAUCCUAUUUGUACUUGUCUGGCCUUCACCUUAGCGGGAGAAUGCCUCGGGUGUUGCCCAAAAGGUUCUUGCAAGUUGGUUCGACUGGAAACAGCAACACCAACCUUAAUGUAUUUAAUGUCGCAAACAAUCAGCUAGUAGGGGAUAUUCCAGGGGAUCUGCUUCUGUUGCCAAAUCUUCAAAUGGUAGACGUGUCACAGAACCAGUUUUCCUCUAUAAACCGUGGCAAACCAUGGCCAGUUAAUUCCAGUGCAGCUAAGACGAAAUACGUCUCUUUAGCGGGGAAAAGGAACUUGUCAAUUGACUUCCAGAGUUUCAUAGAACUUUUCACCACAACGGUUGACUUCAUAGAUAGUCCAUCAAUUUUAAAUGUUAGUUUUUGCGACAUCAAAAGUCCCGUACUUGCAAAUUUGUAUUACUUUGAGACAAUGUCCACUUGCGACAAGCGAGGCAAUAAUUUUUAUGGACCUUUACCUGACUUCAACGAACACUUUUCUUUGCUAACUUACUUUGAUGUCUCAGCAAAUAAUUUAACGGGCAGCUUUCCACCUGGAAUUCAGAGCCUCAUCUCCCUUCAAAAUUUACAUUUUUCCAAAAAUCGUUUCAUGCGAGAAGGAAACAGCGCAUCUACCAGUGCGUCUAUCAACCAAACUUUUCAAGAAUGA